UCGUGUCUCUGAGCGCAAAUUGGAAUGGCGGAUUUUGAGCCACCGUCGUUCUCUCUGGGGCUCGAUUUGGAUACCCAGUUGGGUCCCCCGAUCCCCAUCCUACCCAUAGACCCAUCUCCUCAAGCUUCCCCUACCCAUGCCGGCAUCCGUACGGACAAUAUCGAUGAUCUGGAGCAGGUGGAAGUCAUGGACUCAGAUCCUGAACCGGAACUCGAAACAACCCGAGUGCUCAAGCGCCUUAGACGGGGUCUUGGAGCUGGACUAGCAAACCCAACAUCGACGCCGUUGUCAGAGAAGAAGCAAGUAGUAGAGCAGCGGAGGUGUUUUGACUGUGAUGAUGAGAUUGAAGAGUUCUCUUCACAGGAGGAGGGUUUGAUAAUUAGAGAUCAGCAUUCAUCAGUACGACAUCAGUCUAUUUGUAGCAGUUCGAAGACCCCAUUGCGUGGACAUGGAGUUUUUAUCACACAAUCAUUGAGGAAGGGUGGGAAAAGAGAACAUGCUUCUGAUGCACUUUCUUCUUCAAGUCUGGCUACAAACCAGAAUGGAUGGAUGUUUCCGAAAUUAACUAUUAGUCCUCUUCGGAGGUUUCAGUUGCUUGAUUCUGAUUCCGACACUGAUCAGCCUUCUGUCAGUGAAGAUGUAAGCAGAGGAGCCCAGAGAAUUGAUUCAUCAAUGAAGGAAGCAGAGUGUACUGCAAGUGAACAAAAGAAAAAAAGGCCGCUGGAUGGGCAACAAAAUGAGGAUUUAUGGAAGGAUUUUUGUCCAAUGAAGAGCUCUCACAUUCCAACACCUGUUUUGGACGAGUUUUGUGAAGAAUAUUUCCAAUCUGUUAAGGAUAAAAUGCCUUACCAAAGUAUGAACAGCAAUGGAAACUUUGAACAGUGCUGGUAUCCAUCCGAUCUUCUUCCUCCUUCGCAUUAUUACUUUUUUCAUGAUGAUCCAAGGAUUCAGAAAUUGGUCCAGAAUCGCUUGCCCUACUUUUUUCCACUAGGCAUUGUUGGAAACAGAGGAAGUCAGCAGCCUGGUGCAUCAGUUAUUAAUUAUAUGAACCAAUUCAGCAAUGGAGAAGCUUCUAAACAGAAAGGAACUCAGAAAGCUAAAACAAAUAAAAGCUCAAGUAGGGGAAGAAAAAAAUCAGAAAAGCCAAAUACUGAAGAUUUGCAUGCUUCUGAAGGCUGGGUAGACCCAAAAAGCAGUGCAAUUCCAAAGGAUGCUGGCAAAAGAAGAGUUCAUGCAAAAGGUCAAUCUGCAGGCCAUUGGUAUACUUCACCAGAGGGAAGGAAGGUUUACAUCUCCAGGAGUGGGCAGGAGUUGACAGGUCAAUUUGCUUAUAGACAAUAUAGAAAGGAAACUGGCACAGGGUUUAAGAAGUCGAAAAAGAAAACUAGCGGCAAAAAUAAGAAAGCCAAGAGUUGACAUCUUCAGGGUGUCAGUUCUCAGGUUUUGUGGAUUUUUGUAAUUGGGUUCGGUAACCUGCAUUCUGAUUGUACAGUUGUUCUGGAUUAUUGUGAAAGUAUAAUGUUGCAGGUCUCUCACUUCGCUUACCCCUUUGAGAUGGUAAGAAAUUACAGAUGCUUGGUAUUUUGUAGUUAAUACAAAGUUGUGAAAAGUUCUGGAUCCAA